AUGCGGCCGAAAAGCGCGAGAAAAAAGAAGAAAAACGGACGCAGCCUCGCCGCUGAAGAGAGCUGGGCAGAGUUUAUCGAGCCCUUGCAGCUGGUGAAGUACGUCCCAGGCCAGUACUACAGGGCACACCUGGACACACACCAAGAGCCCGAGAGGCUUGGCUCCUUCAAUGGCGAGCAGCGCGUGCAGACACUGCUGGUCUUUGUGUCCAGUGUGCCGGAGAGCGACGGCGGCGGGCAUCUGCACUUCCCCUUGCUGGACCUCAGGAUCUUGCCCAAGGCGGGCACGGCGGUCCUGUGGAAGAACUGCCGGCCAAAGGAGGGCACUGCCCUUGUGGAGCCCGAUCCUUGCUCUUUGCACGAGGGGGAGCCCCCACUCAGCGUGGAGAAGGUUGCUAUGAAUGUGUGGGUGGUUGACCGUCCAUUCAGCAAGCAAGCGGUUCAGGAGGCGAUGCUGCGACGCGCCGGCCUAGGACAGGACUCCCAAGCGAAUGGAGAAAAGUGCGCGUGCGACUUCCGAAGGGGUUCGGGCCCGAAUGAGUACAGGUUGCUGCUUCUGCUGCAGGCUGUUGCAGAGCCUGCAGGAGAGUGCAGCCUGCCGCCUCCCGACCAUGGAGCUCAGCUCGUGCAGAAUCGAUAUGUGACUGCCAGGCGCUCCAAGGCGUUCUGCGAGCAAUUCGACCAGAGCCGCUGCGGUACCAAUCCACUCUGCGGAUGGAACCAGGGGCUCAGCCGCUGCCAGGCCUAUAUUGCAUGGUUUCAUCCUAUGAAGUGCGGGUCCACUUUCGGCGCCACGCUGGCGCACUUUGCCAACGGCUCCCUGCCGGAGGCGGCUCACAUGCCCAGCUGUGGCUAUAUCCAGGAGUCCGACGAGGCGACGUAUGGCGCCCCGCUGAUGAAAGAGGACAGCUGUCCUGGCGGAAAUCAGGGGCCCUUCGAGUUUUUCGUGUAUAAGUAUCCGUCGGAGAACUGGUUCAGCAAUACCUUUUGGCUACAUCCUGGAAAGAAGGAUGUCGACCCUGGCAACCAUCGGCCGAUCCCGGACGAUGAGUUCGAACAGUGGCAUCUCGGCAAAGAUCAUUGGACUCCUUCGAGCCGACGCUUCGCCGCCGCCCCAGCGCAGUGCCAGGUACGGACCUAUUAG